AUGCAGUUCACUCGGCUCCUCUCCGCUGCCUUUGCCAGUGCUGUAGCCGCUCAAUCUUCUAUUGCUAUUAUUUAUCUUGAUCCUGGAUUUGCAGGGCCGUCGCAGCAAAUCAGUUCUAUAGAAGAGUGUGACGCUAUCGAUCCCAACACUAUGCCUCCUGAGGUGGGAUCCAUCCAAGUAGCGUCGGGUAUCGAGUGCACCAUUUAUUUUGACCCACAAUGCCAAGACGAGAAUCAGCACUUCACGAGUACCCAGUCCAAUAUAGCAGGACCGCCGGACGCCCAGUCAGUUCUAUGCCAGCAGCCAAACUAG